GAACCCGCCGCGCCGGCAGCUGAAAAAGUUGGAUGAAGAUAGUUUAACCAAACAACCAGAAGAAGUAUUUGAUGUCUUAGAGAAACUUGGAGAAGGUCAUCGUCUUUUUGUAAGUUGGAAAAAUACCCUUUGGAAUCCAGCAAGAAAUCAAGCAGAGAAGGGAAGUAAAAAUGACACACCAGCUGUGCUGUGAAAAGACAAGUCCAAGAUGAAUCUGAAGACUGCCAGUUGACUGGCAUCAUUAAAGAGACGAGGUCUCACUGUGUUGCCCAGGCUGGUCUCGAACUCUUGGCUUUAAGUGAUCCUCCUGCCUCAGCCUCCCAAAGUGCUAGGAUUAGAGAUGUGAGCCACUGCACCUGGACAAAUUGCGUUUUAGAUCUAUGGAUGUCUUCUGCAAGGAAUGUGGAAAUUUCCCUAUGAAGAUAUCACCAGGGAGAAAACAAAGCUUCAGAUCUUUCUUCCCAUACUAUCACCUCAUUGUUCUUCUAAAUAAUACCAGAUUUCUGGUAUUUCUUGGAUUUCUGUUAUUCUGACUGAAUGAACCUAAGCAAGCCUCAUUUAACUAGGAAUAUUUUGAAGGAAGACCUUCACUGCACUUCUUUUCCAAACAUGUGACACAGUGCUAUUCUUUUUUUUGAGAUUAAGUCUUGCUCUGUCACCAGGCUGGAGUGCAAUGUCACAAUCUCAGCUCACUGCAACCUCCGCCUCCCAGGUUCAAGCGAUUCCCCUGCUUCAGCCUUCUGAGUAGCUGGGACUAUAGGCAUGCACCACCAUGCCCGGCUUAUUUUUUGUAUUUUAGUAGAGAUGGGGUUUCACCAUGUUGGCCAGGAUGGUCUUGAUCUCCUGAUGUUGUGAUCUGCCUGCCUCAGCCUCCCAAAGUGCUGGAAUUACAGAUGUGAGCCACCACGCCUGGCCAAUGCUAUUCUUAAAUUGUUCCGGAGGAUGAAUGAUUUGUGAACUCUCACUGACUUGUAUCUUGUGAAAUGAGCUCUGGCUAAAAAAACCAUUGGAUUCUGGAGGCUGCGAUCAUUCUGUGUUAUGAGGAUCAUAUGGAUCUGUGGCAGAUUAGAGCCAAAGCUCCAGACCAGGAUGAGUGGAGAGCACUUGGGAAGUGUUUUCAAGUGGAGCCUAGCACCUUUUUUCUUCUACUUAAAGUUGUACACAUUGACUCAUUUAAACUUUUAUCAUAGAAUGAUAACAAAAGCAUCUUGCCCAUGGUUUCAUAAAAAAUGAGUGCUAUUGUUAAGAUUUGUAUCUGGUUAAUUUGGCUUCAGAUACUGUAGUAUUUCCAUUUUUCUACAUAGAUCCUUGCCUUGCAUGGCUUAUGUAAAACACCUACUUCUCCAUUCUCUGCUGUCAGUUGUAAUUCAUUGAAUCAUCUCAUUUUGUUGUAGGGAAUCAAGUUUUAAGGGACUUGCUUGUGAGUAUGAUUGCUGAAAUCUUCUAACCCCCCCCCAAUCCCCGCCUUCAGAUUACUGUAAAUGCAGUAUAUGGAAUCAAGAAUCUUAAUUUCAUAUGAGCUAUCGGAGUUUUCCUUGCUAUCAGGAUGCAUAGGGAGGUCCUAUGGCAGUGUAUACAAAGCUAUUCAUAAAGAGACCGGUCAGAUUGUUGCUAUUAAGCAAGUUCCUGUGGAAUCAGACCUCCAGGAGAUAAUCAAAGAAAUCUCUAUAAUGCAGCAAUGUGACAGCCCUCAUGUAGUCAAAUAUUAUGGCAGUUAUUUUAAGAACACAGACUUAUGGAUCGUUAUGGAGUACUGUGGGGCUGGUUCUGUAUCUGAUAUCAUUCGAUUACGAAAUAAAACGUUAACAGAAGAUGAAAUAGCUACAAUAUUACAAUCAACUCUUAAGGGACUUGAAUACCUUCAUUUUAUGAGAAAAAUACACCGAGAUAUCAAAGCAGGAAAUAUUUUGCUAAAUACAGAAGGACAUGCAAAACUUGCAGAUUUUGGGGUAGCAGGUCAACUUACAGAUACCAUGGCCAAGCGGAAUACAGUGAUAGGAACACCAUUUUGGAUGGCUCCAGAAGUGAUUCAGGAAAUUGGAUACAACUGUGUAGCAGAUAUCUGGUCCCUGGGAAUAACUGCCAUAGAAAUGGCUGAAGGAAAGCCCCCUUAUGCCGAUAUCCAUCCAAUGAGGGCAAUCUUCAUGAUUCCUACAAAUCCUCCUCCCACAUUCCGAAAACCAGAGCUAUGGUCAGAUAACUUUACAGAUUUUGUGAAACAGUGUCUUGUAAAGAGCCCUGAGCAGAGAGCCACAGCCACUCAGCUCCUGCAGCACCCAUUUGUCAAGAGUGCCAAAGGAGUGUCAAUACUGCGAGACUUAAUUAAUGAAGCCAUGGAUGUGAAACUGAAACGCCAGGAAUCCCAGCAGCGGGAAGUGGACCAGGACGAUGAAGAAAACUCAGAAGAGGAUGAAAUGGAUUCUGGCACGAUGGUUCGAGCAGUGGGUGAAGAGAUGGGCACUGUCCGAGUAGCCAGCACCAUGACUGAUGGAGCCAAUACUAUGAUUGAGCAUGAUGACACGUUGCCAUCACAGCUGGGCACCAUGGUGAUCAAUGCAGAGGAUGAGGAAGAGGAAGGAACUAUGAAAAGAAGGGAUGAGACCAUGCAACCUGCAAAACCAUCUUUUCUUGAAUAUUUUGAACAAAAAGAAAAGGAAAACCAGAUCAACAGCUUUGGCAAGAGUGUACCUGCUCCACUGAAAAAUUCUUCAGAUUGGAAAAUACCACAGGAUGGAGACUACGAGUUUCUUAAGAGUUGGACAGUGGAGGACCUUCAGAAGAGGCUCUUGGCCCUGGACCCCAUGAUGGAGCAGGAGAUUGAAGAGAUCCGGCAGAAGUACCAGUCCAAGCGGCAGCCCAUCCUGGAUGCCAUUGAGGCUAAGAAGAGACGGCAACAAAACUUCUGAGCAAGGCCAGGCUGUGAGGGCCCCAGCUCCACCCAGGCUUUGGGUGAAUUCUGGAUGGCUUGCCUCACGUUUGUUAGCCAGCACUUCUGCUCUGUCGUCUCUCCACAGCACCUUUGUGAACUCAGGAAUGUGCGCCAGUGGGAAGGGCUCUCUUGACAGUCAGCGUGCCAUCUGGAUGUGUGUAUGUACAUUGGUCAGGUAUAUUAUUUCAAAGGAUUUAUAUUGGCGCUUUUAACUCAGAGUUUUAAACCCCAGGAACAGAGACUCCUAGUUGAGUGAUAGCUGGGAAAGUUUUACAUUGUCUGUUUUUCUUCUCCCAAUAACUUUCAAUUGUUCUUUCUGGAAGACUUUUAAAAAAUAUAUAAAUAUGCAUAUAUAUAUAUAUAAAUUAUAAAUAGAUUCCCCACGCAGUGUGGUGGCAUCUCUGUACAGGUACAGUUUUAAACGGUUUGCCUCUUUUCUGUAAGAUUAUGGUACUGUGGAACAUGAGGGCAGAGGACACCGGGAGGCUGUUAGGGGGUCACUGAAUCCCAGGAGCCAACCUCCCCCUUUGCAGGGCUGCAUUUAAAAAUUAGGUUUGGGACAGUUCUUUAACCAUGGUUUCAGCCUUGUGUGGUCAUCACUGGCUUCUGGAGCUAUUGGUGAUGUCCAAGGGAAAGCUUUGAGUGUUUAUGUUUACUCUUUGAGUCCCAGGAGAAGCCUGGCACCCUCUUUGCAAAUUGGCCUUUGCUCUUUCAAUGCCUUUCAUCCAUCUCCACUCUCUCAACUGCCUAGAGUCACAGCACAGAUACUGCCCAGUGCCUUAAGAGGAGACAUGAUCCACUGAGGGGAUAGGUCUACCAGGAACUCUUAGCAAACACGGGGCUGUGUUCAGUCCACAAAGGAAAAGCAUUUUCGAAGCUCUCAUUGUUCAUGUAAAAAUCAUACACAUGGCAUUUUGCUCCACAUUCCUUACACACAGGGGUAGAGGGGAUUGCUUUUGUGACCCACAUUCAAAUAUGUGACUGUUUUCUUUUCUCUUUUACUGCUAAGCAGCCUGGAAAGGAUAAAUGAAUAUUAGACUAAGAUUUGUUCUCCAGGAGGCUCAAUCUGAACACACAGAAUGUCAGAGCUGGAAGGGACUAUAGAGAUCAUCUGGUCUGACCCGCUUGUACGGAUGAUCCGAAAACUGAGGUGUAGAGAGGGGAAUGGCCAAAAUCACAAAGCAAGUUAGCGUAAGAGCUGGGACUAGAAUUCAGGGUCCUCACUCCCAGGCCACCGAACCAUGCAGCCCCUUCUUUGGGGGAAGAGACCUGUGUCAGUCUUGGUUAAUUGUUCCAGGGAACCUUGCUAACAGAAACUUGCUCUUGCCUUGGCUCUUCAGUAGAUGACCUGGCUGUAAAGAGAUUCCCUGGACGAGCCAGAUCAUUCAGUUUCAGCGAGUCCUUGAGCUCCGCAACAUCUGCCAGAUAUAGGAGACAGGCACCCAUGGAGGCAGGUUUCGGGCCUGAAGCAGAUCAGAGGGCUUUGCAAAAGACAGCAUAGAGCCAUCUUCCUGCAACUUUACCUCUUUCCCUCAGAUGGGGAGCCAUGACUGGGUUGUACCUCAGGAUACUGUAAUUUGAUUCCAUAAUUGCUUUUGCUCCUGAAACCUGGGAAUCAAUGGAAAGGCAGGGAAUGUGCCUCUUCUGUGGCCAGAUUCUGUUAUUUGCAAUUAAAGCAAGUUUUUAAAAAACGCAAGAGGCAGCUGUUAGUCUUCAGGGCUUGGCCACUGAAAUAACUAUGUGGCAGAUAUGGAAAACACAGGACAAUUUGAGGAGCUUGCUGGAAUAAUAAAUGACAGCUACCAUUUGUUGAGCACCUAUUAUAUAUCAGGCACUGAGCUGGGUAGGCUCGAAACUUCACAAUAACCCUGUGACUUAACUACUUUAUCUCCAUUUUGUAGUUGAAGAAAUAAGUUCAGAGAGAAAGAUUCCUUCCCAAGGUCAUGCAGCUAGUAAAUGAUAGAAUCAGGAUUCAUAGCAUCACUAUAGGGGGUCAGUAUUUACACAAAAAAGGAAAGUCACAAGCCUGUUUAAAAUGAAGUGACCACCUUUUCUUGCAUAGACUAAAUAACUCUAACUAGCAUUUUUAGGUUGGAAAGACAGCUGAAUUAGUAGUUAAGUCUGAUAGCCAAGUAAGUUUUAAAAACCAAAGCAUCCAGGAUGCACACCCCUGCACCAUUUGCUGUACGAAUUAAUAGUUCUGUCUCUCUCUCUCUUUCUUUUUUCUUUUUCUUUUUUGAGACGGAUUUUCGCUCUUGUCGCCCAGGCUGGAGUACAAUGGCACAAUCAUGGCUCACUGCAACCUCCGCCUCCCGGGUUCAAGCGAUUCUCCUGCUGGGAUUACAGCAUGUGCCACCAUGCCUGGAUUAUUUUUUUGUAUUUGUAGUAGAGACGGGGUUUCACCAUGUCAGUCAGGCUGGUCUUGAACUCCUGACCUCAGGUGAUCCACCCGCCUCGGCCUCCCACACUGCUGGGAUUACAGGCAUGAGCCACCGCUCCUGGCCUCUCUUUCUUUUUUAAACAAAGAACUUUGCACUUGGCCAGAGAGGAGGAGAAAGCCCAUUUUCUCCCUUCCUAAGCUAGAUCCAAAUAAAAGAAAGUUCAGUUUUCUCCCAUUUUCUCCCAUAACUAUUCUUGGGUCAUGAAGUUUGAUCUGGAGUUUGUUUUGUUUCAGGCAUGUGUGCACCCAGCUUGCUGGUCCAAUAAAGUCUAUUGCUUACCAGUCUAGCAUGAUGGAGCCUUUUGGCCAGAAGUCAAUUUGUUUUGGAUCAGAGAAAUUUCCUGACAAGGUAUAUUUGUUUUCUAGUGACAGAAAGGCAAAGGAGCGAGUCCUAGUUUUUGUUGUUGUUGUUGAAUACUAAAUUUAAGAUAUAUCAGCUUGCUUUCAAUGAGCCUUGGGCUUCCGUCAUUACUUGAGCAUUUGCAACUCAAGCUUCCAGAGAAAUUUGAGGUCCUCGCUUGUUCUCUGCCUUCAAGAAACAAUGACCUGAUUCUGUCUUUAAAAAAAAAAUCUCAGAAUUCUUUUUUUGUUUGUUUUUUUUUUUUGAGACGGAGUCUCACUCUGUCGCCCAGGCUGGAGUACAGUGGCGCCAUCUCGGCUCACUGCAACCUCCGCCUCCCAGGUUCAAGCAAUUCUCCUGCCUCAGCCUCCCAGGUAGCUGGCACUACAGGCGCUGCACCACCACGCCUGGCUAAUUUUUGUAUUUUUAGUAGAGACAGGGUUUCACCAUAUUAGCCAGGCGGGUCUUGAACUCCUGACCUUGUGAUCCACCUGCCUCGGCCUCCCAAAGUGCUGGGAUUACAGGCGUGAGCCACCUUGCCUGGCCAAAAAUCUCAGAAUUCUUUAAGACUAUUUUAAUUGCUCCAUCUGUAAUUCUGAGGCACAUUCCUUUUUUUUUUUUUUUUUUUUUUUUUCCUUUUUUGUCCCUUUCCCCAAGCCACCAAUUGGAUGGAUGAAUGUUUGACGGGGAAGAGGAAGGGUGGGAGGAUGCAUGGAUGAGUGGAUGAGUGGAUCGAUAGACGUAUUGAUAAAUAGACAGAACCAGUCAUCUGAAGCAACUUAAGAAUUGUAACCUUGACUCCUUGAGACUGUAGAUUUCAAUCCAGGAAACAUUUAUUUAGCACCUGCCAGAUGCCAGAAAUUUAUACCAUUUAAAACUCAGUAAGUCUUUUCAAUAUCAGGAAUGAGAGAAGUGACAUCGUGAUACAUCCUAUGGGUAUUAAAAAGCCAAUAGAAUAUUAUGAAUAAUUUUAUGCUAAUAAAUUUAACAACUUCAACAUCAUAAACAAAUUCCUUGAAAAAUAAAAAGUACCAAAAUUCAUUCAAGAAGAAAUAGAUACCAGCCUGAGCAACAUGGCAAAAUCCCAUCUCUACAAAACACCAAAAAAAAAAAUUAGUCGGGCAUGGUGGUGCACACCUGACCAGGCUGAAGUGGGAGGAUCACCUGAGCCCAGGGAGAUCAAGGCUGCAGUGAGCCAUGGUCUCACCACUGCUCUCUAGCCUGGGUGACAGAAUGAGACCCUGUCUCAAACAAAAAAAAAGAAGAAGAAGUAGAUAAUCUGAAUAGCCCUAUAUCUGUAGAAACUUAAUAGUGCUGGGAGAUAUAGGUAUUAUUAUCCUCAUUUUACAGAUGUGAAAAUUGAGGCUCAGAGAGGUAAAGUCUAUUGCUCAAGGUCAUGUGGCUAGAAUAUGGCAGAGCCAGGAUUCAGAUCCAGGUCUUCUGAUUCUUAUUCCAGUGUCCUUUCUAGCAUACCAUGUUGCCUCUAAAGAUUGCAGCUCCUUAUUUACUAGAAAAUUGUUCCUGCCCAAUCUACAUCUCCACCUCACCCCAUAUUUUCUUAAGCACUAUGUUUGUGUUUUUAUCAGUAUUAUAUUCAUUGUCUUUGGAAUAUAUGUUCUUGUUUGUGUUUGGAAAAAAAAUCUCUUUUACCAGCUUGCACUCGGACCAACUUGGAAAAAAAAAGCUUAAAUGCUGUUGCUAUGUACAGUUUAAAAAUGUGAAGUUUGUAGCUUUAACUUUUUGUAAGAAAAUCUAAUAACACUGGCUUAAGUGCUGACUUGAAAUGCUAUUUUGUAAGGUUUGGAUGUAAGUAAUCAAUUGAGGUCAGCAGUUUGUAUAAGACAUAGCUUCCUCCAUUGCCCCCACUCCUUUUCUUUUUUUUUUUUUCAAGUUUGAGAUGCUUCCUGUGUUUUUAUGUUAGAAUUGUUGUUCUUCUUUUCUUCUUCCUAUACCUCACCACGUUUGUUUUAAAUAAACUGUCCUUUGGACCACAAACCCUUAUUAAUGAGAACCUCCAUAUAUAGCCUGGAUAAUGGUGUUGUGAACAAUCUUUGUGACA